GAAAAAAAAAAAAAAGUAUCGAUUUGAGAGGGACAACCUCCAGCACUCUUAUACAGUAACUCAAUCAUCAACAAAAAUUUGUCACCGGUUGAGAGUGACAACUUUCAACACUUUUGUUCAAUAUGAGCAAAAAUCCGGCAUUAUACGGUUGAGAGUGACAGCUUUCAACCCUUAGUUCAACAACGGCGGCAAACCACGAUCCCGUUGAGCGUGAGACAACUUUCAAGUCGCCGACCCAGUUGACAGUGACAAUUUCCAACACUGGAAGUCUAGCAUCACCAGACCUCCACCACUCUCCGACGCCGAGGAUGGCUUGCGUCGACGUAAACCGGCAGAGGCAAUCUCUGCUCGGCGAUACGGCAACACUGCGAUUUUUGCCGAGCGAGCUGCUGCUCAUGAUCCAGGACCACACUUCAACGCAGCUGUUAGAGGCUGUCGCCAACGCAGCGCUCAUCGCCCCGGCCACAGACGCCAUUUUCGCUCACUUCGAGUCUGUCUUUGCAGAUAUCUGCGCCAGAUGGAUCAUCUCGCACCCAACACUGGAUGUGAGAGUUCUCGCGUCGUUUGCCAGGAUUCUGCCGUUCGCGCCGUCCCUGUCCGUCUUCCUCAUCUCGCAUCUCCAUGGAGGACUAGCGCCAGUCGGGAGAGUCGCGAGUAUGGCUCAGGGAGGUUCUUCCGAGGCUUCUGGCUCUUCUGACCUGAGAGCACUAGUCGCUCUUGACUUGACAGCGUUCCGAGAUGCAGACCUUCCCGGGGUCCUCCUAGCGCUGUGGAGGCUCAACAACUUUGAUAAACGCACCUUCUCGCCCCUGUCAAGGCCGUCACAGCUUCAGAUCCUCUUCACCCACCAAGACCUCCCCGUCAGAUACCUCGCUAUCAGGAUAUUCUGCCAGCUCCAUGAUGCCUCUGACCAGCUGUUGGAGGCCCUGUUGGCGAGGCACAUCCCCAAAGAUGCCAGCCUGGUUGCGGACUUGGACGGGAGGAGGGCGGACUACGCGUUUCUGAGCCUUAUGGCAAAACAGUCCUCCCGCGGCCUUUGGGCCCCGUGAACACCCCCAGCACUUUAGCGCUCACCCCAACCACCAUCGAGAACCUUGAGAACCUUGGCGCCUUGCUUCAGCAGCCGGGCCC